AUGAAAUUAUUGUUUCAUAUUCGUUAUAUACCGCCGUCAAUAACUAAACAACUUCUUCAUAGUAAUUCUUUCCAACAACGUUCUCUCCUUCAUACAUGUGUACCACUUCUAAAUAAAGAAAAAUUACCUGAUAAAAGCAAUUCAAGUAAAAAAGAGAAAUUUGAUGAACAACCACACAUGCGAAUUGAAUCAAAAGCUGCAGCCAGAGAAAAAAAUCCGUACAAAUACAUGAUGUAUCAUGAGAUUUAUUCGGAAAAAGAACUUCAUUCUGUUAAAAUAACACACAAAAAAUUUGAAUCAUGGCAUGAUCGAAUUGCUUAUGCAGCCGUGCAAACGAUGCGUUUCUUUUUCGAUACAUUUACGGGUUAUGUUCAUGUGCCUAUUGAAUCAGAAUCGGAUAAAAAUAAAACCAAACAUCGACAACGAAAACCUAUGAAUGAAAAACAAUGGUUAAGACGAAUUAUAUUUUUAGAAUCGAUUGCAGGUGUACCAGGUAUGGUUGCUGGCAUGAGUCGUCAUAUGAAAUCACUUCGUACAAUGCAGCGUGAUCAUGGGUGGAUUCAUACUCUUUUAUCAGAAGCUGAAAAUGAACGAAUGCAUUUAUUAACAUUUUUAGAAUUACGAAAUCCUGGAUGGAUCUUUCGUGCAUUUGUUUUAUUGGGUCAAGGUGUGUUUUUCAAUGCAUUUUUUGUUACUUAUCUUAUUUCACCAACAGUUUGCCAUCGUUUUGUUGGUUUUCUUGAAGAAGAAGCUGUUAUUACAUAUACUCGAUGUCUUCAAGAACUUGAUGCUGGUAGAUUACCUAUAUGGUCAAAAACACCAGCACCAUCAAUUGCUAAAUCUUAUUGGAAAUUAAAAGAUGAUGCUAUGAUGAAAGAUGUUUUAUUGGCUGUACGAGCUGAUGAAGCUACUCAUCGCCAAGUUAAUCAUAAAUUAGCUGAUGCUGGACCUGAUUCACCAAAUCCUUUUCUCACUCGAGAAAAAGAAGAACGAGAUCCACCUGAUGAAAAAGAACAAGACGAAAUUGAUACAGCUAACAAAAAAUAA